AUGACCUCUUUUCGAUCCAUCUUUAUCCCAGCAUUCAUCGCUCUAGCAGCCAUUGCCUUAUUCCAACACCGUAUCAAGGACACAGCUACUUAUACCUUUGAGUUGUUAAAGAACUUAACACAUUUGUCUUAUUCACCUGACAACAAAAUUAACACUCAAGAUCAUCACCUUUACGCUACCGAAAUGUCUGCCACUCGAGCUAUCCGCAAGGUCUUCCUUGCCGUCGAGCAAUCAGAGGGUGCCGGUGCUCGCGUUCGUCGCUCAAUUGGCACUCCUCAGCUUCGCAACUUUUCUCCUUUCCUCAUGCUCGAUCACUUCUCUGUGAAGCCUGGCGCCGGUUUCCCUGAUCACCCUCACCGCGGCCAAGAAACCAUCACCUAUCUCCUUGAAGGCGGCAUGGACCACGAGGACUUUGCCGGUAACAGAGGUACUCUCUCCGCUGGAGAUCUUCAGUUCAUGACUGCUGGAAAAGGGAUCAUGCACGCUGAAAUGCCCCAGCAAAACGCAGACGGCAGUGCAAACGUCGGUCUUCAGCUCUGGGUCGACCUCCCCAAGGAGCUCAAGUCCUGUGAACCUCGCUACCGCGAUCUCCGCGGCUCUGAGAUCCCCGUUGCCAACAUUGACGAUGACAAGGUCACCGUCAAGGUCAUCUCAGGCCAGAGCCACGGCAUCGACUCUGUGAAGGAUCUCGCCUACACCCCUGUCUGGUUCCUCGACAUCGAGAUCCGUCCCGGAGGCAAGAUCAGCCAGCCUCUGCCUCCGAACUGGAAUGCCUUCGCCUACACGCUAAAAGGCGAUGUCAUCGUCGGCAAGGAUGACCAGCGCCGUGUUGUCGGCCAGUACCACAACAUUGUCUUCGAGCCCGAGGGUGACGUUGUCCACUUCGAGGUCGACGCCGGUGCGACCAAGUCCGCUCGUCUGGCCCUCAUCGCUGGUACUCCUCUCGACCAGCCCGUAAUGCAAUACGGACCUUUCGUCCUCACCUCCAAGGAGGAAGUUGCCAAGGCUCUAUUUGACUACCAAACUCACUCCAACGGCUUUGAGCGAGCUGAUGGCUGGCAGAGUGAGAUUGGCAAGUCCAUGAGGGACUAG